UUUGCCUCGAUAAUAUAAUGUAUAUGUAUUUGUAUUGUCUGUGCUCAUUAGUGUCUUCAGACAGUUCCGACUCGACUUCUUGCUUACGAUUUUUCAUCGUAUCGUAAAGUAAACUAUAAGCUUCUUCUAAAUUAAAUGAUACGUAUUGUGUACAUGUGUAGUUCUGGCUGUGUUUUUUGCUGUAUUUUGUAGCUUUUUGUUUUAUAGAACUGUUUUGUAAAGAUUUUGUACAUGCAGCUGAAGUUUCAGCGACUUUUCAAAGUUCGUAUGCAAGCACGUAUCAUUGUGUGAUGACUUUAAAAUAAAUACUAAAAUGAGUUUAAUGUAACAACUGAACUAUUUAUAACAAGUUAUCGAAAACGGUGUGUUAUAAUUUUUGAUUGAAAAUGGGUGAUUCAGAGUUUGCGUAUGGAUCGUCUAUGUCAGUAGAUUCUAUGAAAGUAAUAGCGGAAAGCAUUGGAAUUGCAAGUUUGGGAGAUGAUGCUGCAAAGGAAUUAGCAGACGAUGUAACUUUUCGGUUAAAAGUAAUCGUUCAGGAUAGUUUGAAGUUUAUGCAUCACUCCAAGAGGCAGAAAUUGUCUACUACUGAUAUAGAUCAUGCACUGAGAGUUAAGAAUAUUGAGUGUCAAUAUGGCUUUAUCCAACCGGAUUCAUUACCAUUCAGAUUUGCAUCUGGUGGUGGUAGGGAACUCCAUUUUGUAGAAGAAAAAGAAGUGGAUUUGACAGAAAUAUUGUAUGCCCCUCCGCCAAAGAUACCGCUGGAUGUGUCUGUCCGAGCACAUUGGUUGAGUGUAGAUGGAGUGCAGCCCACAGUCCCAGAGAACCCUCCACCACUCUCUAAAGAAGCUCAGAAACUGGAAUCAGUUGACCCUAUCAGUAAACUGAGCAAGCCAACUAAUAAGGAUGCAGCAGGUAAACCGAUGUGUGGUAAAGCAGCUCGUUUGAAAGCGUCGGAGUCUGUGCACGUGAAGCAGCUGGCGACGCACGAGCUGAGUGUCGAGCAACAGUUGUAUUACAAGGAGAUCACCGAGGCGUGCGUCGGCAGCGAUGAGGGACGCCGCGCGGAAGCGCUACAGUCUCUUGCCUGCGAUCCGGGACUACACGAAAUGUUGCCGAGAAUGUGCACGUUCAUAUCGGAAGGAGUCAAAGUCAACGUGGUACAGAACAACCUCGCUCUGCUCAUAUACUUGAUGCGAAUGGUCAAGGCGCUACUCGACAAUCAGUCCUUGUAUUUAGAAAAAUAUUUACACGAGUUGAUCCCGUCGGUGUCGACGUGCAUAGUAUCGCGGCAGCUGUGUCUGCGCCCCGAGAUGGACAACCACUGGGCGCUGAGGGACUUUGCUGCCCGACUGAUGGCGCAAAUAUGCAAAACAUUCAACACAUCCACAAAUAACCUACAGACCAGAGUUACUAGGUUAUUUGCUAGAGCUCUGCAGUGUCCAUCGCAGACCAACAACGAGACUGGGGUGGGACCAUCAAUGGUAACCACGAUGAAAGAAUCCGAGAAAACGCCAUUAGCGUCUCUGUAUGGCGCGGUUCAAGGCUUGGCGGAAUUGGGACCAGAAGUUAUUAAAGUGUUCAUACUGCCGCGCGUGCGGUGGCUGGGCGAGCGUGUGGAGGGCGCGCUGAGCGGGCUGGGCGGCGCCGACCGGCUCGCGGCCGGCAACCUCAAGCACCAGCUGCUCAAGGUACUGGCGCCCGUCGUGCGCCAGCUGCGCCAGCCGCCAGACCUGCCCGACGAGUACAAGCGUGACUACGGGUACUUGGGCCCGAGCCUGCAGCACGCGGUGGGCAAGAUCCGCACGUCGCCGCCGCACGUCUCGCACCUCUCGCACGUCACGCACACGCCCAAGACUGUCGAUACGAUAGCCAGCCGUAGCAUGGUGAUAAGCGCAUCACCAGCGCCACAGUCGCCAGCGCCGUCCACACCGCCGCCGCAAAAGUUCGUAAUAGUAUCGCAACAGAAAGCUCCUCAGACGCAGCCUGCCAGUGGUGCAGGCCACAUAGUCGUUCAUAGCUCACAGCCGACUAUCGUCCGGAGUCAGAAUGUUCAGUCGGUGGUGGUGACUAGCGGGCCGGCGAGCGGCGCGGCGCCCGCGCAGAAGGUGGUGGUGGUGGGUGUGCAGCCGCCGCACCACCACGCGCCGCCCGCGCCCGCACUCGUCAGCCAGGCUCCCGUUUCGGUGGUAGCGAAGCCGGUGUUCGCUCGAGGCGGGACCCCGCAACAACCCCCGGAGUUGGACGACCUGUCCCACCUGGCCUGACAGCCCCGCACCUACAGCGUCGCCUUCAUCAAGCAAUACGCUGGGAAGAAGAAUUAGUGAACUAUGUUUUGCAGCCGGUUUUCCGUGACAAUAUCUACAAGGGCCUGAAUGGAAUUUGAAGUAAGA